CAAAAAAAAAACAAAAAUAUCUUUUCUAGAGCCCAGAAGAAAAAAAAAAUUGAAAUUCGAAAACCAAAAGUCUCUCUCUCUUUCUCUCGUUCUCAGAUCUGAAUCCUUCCUCUUCGUCUCCGAUCUAACAACAAAGAAGAGAAGAAAUGGCGGCAGUACCAGCAUCAUCCUCGGCUAGGGAGGAGUUUGUUUACCUAGCGAAGCUCGCCGAGCAAGCGGAGCGAUACGAGGAGAUGGUUGAAUUCAUGGAGAAAGUCGCUGAAGCCGUCGACAAAGACGAACUCACCGUCGAGGAACGAAACCUUCUCUCCGUCGCUUACAAAAACGUAAUCGGCGCUCGUCGUGCCUCCUGGCGUAUCAUCUCCUCCAUCGAGCAAAAGGAAGAGAGCCGCGGCAACGAUGACCACGUCACCACGAUCCGUGACUACAGAAGCAAGAUCGAAUCUGAGCUCUCCAAAAUCUGCGACGGUAUCCUCAAGCUUCUCGAUACCAGGCUUAUCCCGGCCUCUGCUAACGGAGAUUCCAAGGUUUUCUACCUUAAGAUGAAGGGAGAUUACCACAGGUACUUGGCUGAGUUUAAGACCGGUCAGGAGAGGAAAGAUGCCGCCGAGCACACCCUCGCCGCUUACAAAGCCGCUCAGGACAUUGCUAAUACCGAGUUGCCUCCUACACACCCGAUCCGUCUGGGUCUGGCUUUGAACUUCUCUGUUUUUUACUACGAGAUUCUCAACUCUCCAGACCGUGCUUGCAAUCUCGCUAAGCAGGCGUUUGAUGAAGCAAUCGCCGAGUUGGAUACUCUAGGAGAGGAGUCAUACAAGGACAGUACCUUGAUCAUGCAGCUUCUCCGUGAUAACCUUACUCUCUGGACUUCUGACAUGCAGGAUGAAGGUACAGAGGAGAUCAAAGAAGCAGCAGCACCAAAGCCUGCUGAAGAACAGAAGGAGACCUAAGACUGUGACCUACUUUGUUAUUCAGUAUUAUCCUAAAUCGAUCAAAUUAUUAUGUUCUUGCGUUGGUGUUUGUUUUUCUAAUCUCUUUCCUUUUGCUAUCCCGAAGCUUUCUAAGGCCGUCUAUUCUUGUCCUUGUUUGCUUUUCCCCAAUCGUGGAUGCUACUGGGUUUUUUUUUAUCUGUUUUCUUUUUUUCUUCUUCUUUUCGAUUGCAUUCCGGCUACUGCCGUGUAAAACUCAGAUUUCUUCCCUCUUUUAUUAAUGAUUUGCCAUUCCUCAA